AUUUUUACUUUUUAUACUAAAUAAAAAACUUAAGUCUUAAAACCUCCAUUUCCCCAGCAGCUGCUUGGUGUGGCUGGGCCCUUAAUGAUCUCAUUAGAGCCUUUUGUAUAAGCCUAGUCUAAAAUAGUAAGGCUGGUAAAAACCUGCCUGUAUGUUAUUUUCUGUAUGUUAUUCACCUCUUGACAUGCAACUUUACAAAGCAGAACCAUGACAGCAUCAAUUCACAUUUGUCUCCUUUGAAUUCAACAAGCACAGUCUCAAAUUUCUCUAGGUGUAAGAAAAUUGCUUUAAAGCUGGAAGAACAUUAAAAAAAAAAUUUUUCAAAACACAGCCUGAGUUUAGCACUGUCCAAAAAUAUAACAGGGAAAGAAUUCCAAAGCUUCCAUGCUUUCUUGGAAGACUGCCCCUUUUUGGGUCAGUCUAGGAUCUGUUGUUUACUUUUGUAAACAAUUUUACUGUUUUGGGUUUUUUUUACUUUUACUGUUUACUGUCAUUAACUUUUUCCUUCUCUUUUUUGACUAACAUCAGUUGGGCACUUUCACAACAAUGAAAUAAUGUAAAAAAUUUACCUACACAAGUCUUUCCAAAAUAGAAACAUCAUCUUUUAUGCAACAUAACUCUGAAUCCAUGUGACUCAGUGCUGGAGGGUAUUUGUUAAUUGCAUGCAAACAAAAAUUAUAUAUAUCUGAUGCCUGUAACCUAAAUGCAAAGUCCAGCUUGGUGUUCCUGAAGGAGCAAUAACCUCCUUCUGAUAUAACAGACCAGACUUUCUGGUGGCUCAUCACCAAGAAAAAGAACAUGACAGGAAAUGUGUAAGUAAACCAAAUGGUGUCCAGCCACUGUUCUAUCACAGGAAUAAAAUAGCUUCAAUUAAAGAGGCUUUCAAUCAACAACCUACACCUGCAACCCUUGUAAGCCCAAGUGAGGUCCAAAUCUUCUACCCAGAGCUGUUGUUGGUAUCUUAGCCCUGAAUCCUCCUUUUUAAUGAUGGUUUGGUCUCACAUGGCACCUCCCUUGGUAAAUUAAAUGUGAAAUAACUGCACUGACAGUAAAUGGCUGAGACAAGAAGUCUUAAAAGGACCAAUGCAAGACCUGUCUAUGCUAAGAUUAACAAACCAUGAAUCACAUAGGUACCAUAUUGAAAGUGAUACCUUUCCACAUAAAAGCAGGAGUAUGGGAUUUGUAGUACCAGCUCAGACUACUCACCCACGGUGCCUCCACUCUCCCUCCAGCAGCGACCAGCAUCUGAUUCCUCAGCAAAAGGAUAAGAAAUUUAAAAUGCUUAAAAUGCUUGAAACACUAUUUUUCUGCCCUUUGCAGGCAACCAGCUUCCAUCCUGAGGCUUGGCAGCAGAGCUGUGUACUCAGAAUGCUGAAGAGAAGCUGCUCUGUAGAUGGGUUUCUAGCAUGUUUGUAUGUGACAAAAUGGGAGAGAAAAAGAGCAUUGCAGCACUGGCAAGUCAUAUUAUAAAAUCCCAGGCAGAACUUAAACACCAUUGAGCAAAGAACUUAUGUCAGGAGAGAAAUUAAAGAUUAUUAUUCAAAACUUUGGUAAUUCACAAAAGCAAAUUUGCUAGUAAAUUAAUCCUUUACAAAAGAGCAGCAUGUAAGACUUGAGUUUAGCACAAAGAAAAAUAUUUGCCAUGCUAAUAAAUACUGUUCAUGAGGUGCUGCUUACAAGGGUCCCUCCUGGCACGGUGCAGCCAAUGCAACUUAACAGCACAGUCAUGUUCUCUCCUCACUGAGCAAAGCAAUUAAAUUUCUGCUACACAAUAUGCUUGUACUCUAAGGUAACAAGGACCACUCCAAGGACAAAAUAAGGUCACAGAUUAAAUAAUGAGGCAUUAGAAGAAAACUUCUGAUCAACUUUCCAUCAAUACAGCUUUGCACAGAAGUAAUCUUUUCCUUUAAAAAAUGCUUUUAGAUUUCCAGUGAACUUGGCUUUCCUGUGCAAUACACUGAAAAGGCCCAAGUGAGUUAGGACCACGUGUUCCUAUACAAACAGAACCAAAAAAUUUCUUGUGAAGAAGAAAACUGUCAGCAGGGGAGAAAGACUGAGGCUGUUUAGGAACAAUAUGGAACAGAAGUGUCACCUGAAUUUCUUUUUAUGUUAACUAAUGUGUUUCCCAGUUUUUCCCAGUAUAAAGUGACAAAAUAACAUUUACCCUGCUGUGUAUGUCCCUUUUACACUUCUUUUGUACACAGGCACAAGAAAAAACCCUCAAAGUCUGUCCAUAACUAUUGUUACUAGGCAUUCAACUAAAGCCAUAAUUAUUGCUGGCUAACAGGGUGCUAUAAAGGUUGCUAAAACAAAUGCAAAAUAACUUUGCUUUAGAAUAAAAGUAGUGCUGUUCCCUCAGGAGUACUUCAGUCUGAGGCCCAAUCAGCAUCUCGGGAUACCAAAAUUACAACGUUCCAAGGACAGCCUGUUGACCUAAUUGGAAUUUCAGUAUUUUAUUUGAAUUUGGGCUUACCUAGCAGCAACAAAGGAGCACAUGGAGGCAGCCAGCCUGCCAGGACCCUGCCAGCAGCUCCUGCGAGGGGCUCUGUGACAAAGGGGGACCCGAGGGGCUCCUGCUGCAGCCACAGAGGAGAGACCACAAAGGAAAUUUAGAAGGAGAGGCCUCCUGCACCAGAGAGAUUCCUGACAUUGGGGCUGACACCUUAAACAGCCAGAGCUGCUCAACAAGGUCAAGGCAUCCUCGAGGUGGACGGUGCAGCAGCAAUGACAGGGAGGGGGUGACAGACAGGUACCAGCCUUUGUCUGCAUGGCACCUGCUUUCAGGGCAAAGGACAUGGAAGCUUUGCAAUUGCACAGGGAAAAAUUAUCUAGAGGCAAAUAAAUGAGAAACCCAACGAGCACAUUUCCAUUUCAGGCGUGCAGAAGAGAUUUUAAAGCAAAAACUAGCAGCGCAUCUGCUUCUCUCUUUUGUUUCCAUGGAGCAGUCUGGGCCACAUUCUCAAGCGAGGAUGUGCAAGUACAUCUCCUCUCACUCUGGUGAUCUGUCAUCAAUUUGCACUAAGAAUCUGAUUUUUUGAAGUGAAAAGCUACAGCUAAAACCAGCUAUAAAUAUCAGCAGGCACUGCCCAUACAACUCAGUCAUCUUUAGGAGAUUCUACCCUCUAAAACCUCAGCCUAAAACGUUGUCCAACUCUGCCAAAAAGAAAUAGACCAAGGCCCCUGCUUCAGUCUAGACCCCUAAACUCAGCUUUUUCUACUCCCACUGCUAUUCUACCCCUUGUCUCCUCCAGAAGAGAGAACCUAAUUUCAUGGCGUUUCACCAAGUGGGCAAAUAUCCUCCUUGAAAGGUAAAAGUCAGAAAAAUUUUACUUCACUUCGUACCCAAAAAGAUCAAUGUGUGGGAAUCCAGAUAUAUCUCACCAGCACACACAUGUUCUGCAUCAGGUGCAUAAAUGGAAUCACAAAAUGGGAGACAAUAUUCUACCCUAACGUAGAAUUAAUUUUUAUGGAUUAGAGACAGACCCCCAUCACUACAGAUUCAGGAAGAUUUAGUUCUACCAGUUAAAGUAAGCAGGAAAUAUUUUUCCACGGGCAAAAGAAUUUAUUCUCAACACAACAGAAAACACAUGGUGCAUGCAGUCAUAUGUGAAAUUCCAGAAGUGAAACUGCAGACUGUUGUAAUGUCCAAAGGUAAAGGACAUCCUUCCAUCUAAUCACAUACUCUGAAGUAUCUGAUUUAUUCCUGACCAUGAAGCCAAUACACAAUUUACUAAACAAGAGAUAUUUCCUAGAACCAGGGAAUGGUUUGGGAAAGUGACUGUAAAGAUCAUCUCAUUCCAACCCCCUGCCAUGGGCAGGGACACCUUCCCCUAAGCCCUGUCCAUGGCCUUGGACACUUCCAGGGAUUGGGGGUAUUUGCUUGAAUUGUUAAGAAUCUUCUAUUCCUGCAUUCACUUGUAGGUAAUUAAUACUGUUCCCUCAAGCCAACAAUUUGGUGAUGCAGUUUUUUCCCAGACCAGACACACCACUGGCCUGAUUAAGAUGCACUGAGGUACUGCUGGUCCUUCCAGCAAAGUCAGACUUGUUGAAAUGCCCAUUUCAGAGUAAGGGCAUUUAGGAUGCAGCCAGAUUGUAAAGCAAAAUACAUCAACCUCACCGUAGAUGAAGCAUGAAAAGUGUUAUGUCUGAAGUGAAUUAAUCAUUUAUCCUACAACUACUUUUUCAUGUUCUACAAACACAGAGAAGGAUACUACAUGCAUCCAUUAAGAGCUCUAUGUUUACAGAAGAGCCAUCAGUCACCACAGGACUUGUAUCUGGAUUUUGUACAUUUGGGCAAAUUUGUGAAUAAUUUUACAUGUAAAAAUAUGAAAAAUACCUCAGUCAGAUUUCUAGUGGUGUACGAACAAGAGAGAUAAAAAGAACUUAACAUUUCUAAUUUUCAAGUUUCAUUAUUUUUUAAUUCAGUUUUGCCAUUUCUAAUGCUUGCAAUUGCAGCACUGGCUUUGUUUAUUGGCUUUAUUUUCAUGCCAAUACAUUUCACAAUAACAAAAGAGGGGAAAAAAAGAAAGAAAAACCCAAAAAACCAAAUUCAGCAGGUUUUAAAGUGUUUCUAAUGAUGUUCUGAGGGGUUCUGUCCAAGAAAUAUUUUCCUUUUUUUUCAUUUCAAAAACCAAUUUGCAAUAUGAGACAAACAUGCAGCAAAACAAAAUGACAAUAUAUCAGGUCGAUAUUUAGGAGGGAGUGUUGUAAUUAAACCAUGCAACUGAGACUAGAAGUCCUAAGAUUUAUUCUUAACACAGGUGUGUUUUUGUGGCUCCUAACAAAUCACUGCAUCUUCUGACUGGUUCCUUAUCAGUUAAGUGUGUCUUAUCUACCACUUCAAAGGGUGUGAUGUUUUCCUUAUCAGUGCCUCUGAAGCCACGAUGUGAAAAGAUCAAGAAGUCACAUAACAUAAAUUGUUCUCAGUUCUCCAUGGGCUGCCACUGCCAUGCUACAGAAGCACGCCCAGGACAGUGUCCAGGAUUGAAUAACUACUUUUUUUUGCCCUUCUGAACCAUACACACGUGACUGAAGUGCUGUCUCUCACCCUCUCAUAGGAGCAGGAGCUCUGUGAUGAACAGCAGGGGCUUCACAUCAACUCUUCUCCUUCCCUGCCCAUGAGCCUGAACAGCUCCAGGCAUGUGGUUAUCGUUAGACAACCAUAUUUGUUUAACCUUUCAAAGGAAGGAAGAGGUCUCUGGCACGCUCCCGGGAGUACACGCAGAACCUGACUCCCACAUCCUGAAUUUAACUGAGCAAAUACAUGCCAAAAACCCAAAUUCUGGUGGAAGUGAAACUGCAGGAUCAGAACAGCGUGUGGUGGCAGCUGAGCCAGCGGGUGAAAGCUGUGCUGUGGUAUCUGUCCAGCACAGCAAGGCAGCUCUGCACCACGUGCUGCACAUCAUCCAUGAAAACAGUGUCCUUCUCUGCUUUCCCCCUUUUCCAACAACACAAGAACUCCUGGAAUAUUCAGGAUGUAGGAUUCAGGGUUGUAGGUUUCAAUCCCAAACUUCCAUUCAUGUAUCACUUACUAUCUAUCACAACUCAAAUGGCCGGAAGGGCUUCAGGACACAAACUAAUAAAAGUCUGUCUGUAAACAAUCUUCAACUGUGGAAUUAAUAACUUAAGGCAGAGGGGAAAAAAUAAUCCCAAUCCCACUCUCAAUCAAGAAACCUGUUUGAUUAAAUAGAUGAAUUCAGCUAUAUAUGUCAUUACUACAAAUUUUGUCACUCAAAUGGAGGGCAGACCAAAUCCCAGGCAUUGCAAACACAGGCUGCUAUCCCACCGGCCAUGCCAUUCCCACAAACACAUUUUCACUACUGAUUUCAGAAAAGAGAAGAAAAAAGCUUUAGGUAUAUACAUAGUUUUAGCUGAACAUAGAUGAGACAAAGGAAAACACCUUCAAUUUUCACACUCUUCCAUAAACUCUGAAGGCCUUCCAAACCUUCUAUUACCAGGUCUAUAAAACACAUGCUUUUCAUUUCCCAAAAACUUAAGGUAAUCCACAAUUUCUGAAACGGAAAAAAAAUUAGACGAGGAAAUUAAAUAAUUGAUUUAAUUACUUAUCUUUUUAAAUAAAAAUACUUAGCUAAAAUCACAUUAAUUAAAAUGUUUUGAAGGCUAGAAAAGCAAGUGCAUAUUGAGGGGAAUCAUGUAAUGGUGACUGCAUACUGAAGGGAUAUUUCCUCCACUCUAACCUGCACUAGUCCCAUAAUGAAAGUUCCAGCAAAUAGGUUCCAACUCUGUUUCUUCUCAGAUGGCUCUUUAGCAGUGUUACACUCACAAAUGUAAAUCCCCAUCCAACUCAUAGUACAAAUAAACUAAAAUACAUCUGUGUAAACAGGCUACCCCUGUCCUAUUACACACACAGUGCACAUCUGGACUGGCAUGUUUAGCACAAAAGUUUUAACCCAAUGUAAUUGAAAAAAGCUGAGGUAUUACAGCCCAGAAACAGACUUCACAAAUAAAAACUGCAGCAUACUGUUAAACCAUGGAAGUGCUACCAGCUAUAGCUAUGACAUAUCAGAAUUCAUACUUCUGCACAUUUAACUUUGUUUUUCACACAGCUUAGAUGUAAAAAAGAAAGAGGCAGCUUACAGAAUAAUUCAGGGGAAAAUGCAGUGCUGGAGAAAAAGGAGAUUCAGGACUGCCAUUAAUUCAGGCUGAACAUGAAGUUCAUGUUCACAUCACGUUUCCCAAAGAAAAUUCUAAUGAUUCAGGGUGAUUGCUGCUAAUACCUCUGAAUUUGUGAACAUCAGCAUCGAGUUCUUAAUAAACACUGGUUUUCACACAAUCAAGAAAUGGGCAAAUGAGCUCCUGGAAAAGUCUCACUUUGCCUACUGAAGGCAGAGGUAUGGAUUUUGGAAUUAUAAAAUGAUUCAGGUGGAAAGGGACCUUAAAGAUCAUCAAUUCCCUGCCAUGGGAACCUUCCACUAUCCCAGGUUGCUCCAAGCCUGGUCUAAAUUGGCCUUGGAGGCUUCCAGGGAUGGGGCAGCCAAAGCUUCUCUGGUGUCAAACUUGUCUUUUCUUGCAUAUGGAAGCAAAUACUCAAAUGGCAAGAAUUUGUCAACUUAAUUAUUUGCUUAUCCCCUAAACAAAGUAAAAUACACAAGCUCUCCAGAACAACUGGAAAGAGGCUGAUUUGAAGGAGAAUGGCAGGAAAGGCUCUGUGAACAGCAGCAGAUCUUUUAUGAAGCACAAGUGCAAAUGCAGAUAGUGGCAAUUCAAUCCUCUACAAAGAUGGAAGGCAGAAAGGAGGAUGCAUCACUCCAAAGUCCUCCUGUAACUUGAGGGAAAGGAGGAAAACAAUGACUCCCAUUGUGAUGAGCACAGAAUGGUGAAAUGGCAGGAAAUGACAACUGAGUUUGACAAAUGGUCCAGCAGGGAGAUGAAUUCAUCCCACAGGGAGAAGCCAGGCAGACUGACAGGACACUUUCAGAAAAUGGCUGUGUUUGAAUAAUUAAAAGUUAUUACUGGAACACACACAGUUGCAACCUGGCACCAGGGCUAGGAUUUAAGUACCACAUCAAAUACAUUUCCCCUUUACUACCAUCAUCCAAAGGAAGUGUGAGAAACCUAAAGCCAUGCCACACACAGCCCUUAACAUCACCUCAUACAAACCACAGCAGAAUGUGGCACACCAGGAGUACCUGAAAGCCCUGCUUUGCAAUCAGAAAGGACAAUAUUCCCCAAGCAAAAAGUAGUGAUGAAAAUAUGAGACAACUGUCUGGAUUUUCAGAGAUACCAGCUUCAAAUACCACAUAAUAUGAGCUGCAAAUGCUUUACAUCUGACAGGCCUACUGCUCCCACCAGCAGAGAGCAUAAGUCUGCCUGAGAAAGCCUAGCAGCCUUUCUCCAAAUUACUUGCAAGGACCAAUUUGCACAGCCAGAAUAAUUUCAAAAUAAAACAAUUAAUUUGGGUUGGGGGGAGAGAAGGAAAGAAACAAAAUCCAAAAUCCCUUCCCCCAGUAAUUUCCACUUUGCUAAAUUUAUUACAUGGCUGCAAAUUAAUACAUCACCUGCACCAGCUAUCACAAGGCUGUCUCAGAACUUGCUUUAAUAAACAGCUGCCAGUAGUGGAGGAAAUAUGUAAACAUCGCUCUUGUUUCUCUGUGCCAUUGUGUCAGCUAUUCUACACGUCUUUGAAGGUGCUCCAAAAUCAGCAUGGCUCUGCUUUUCCCUUUUUCUCCUUUUGGGAGGAGGAAAAAGCAGAGAAGGAAAGACAGGCUGGCAACAGAGGGGUAACUCUGUGCUUGCUGUGCUCUUGAUAGUGAGGCUCAGUGUGUUCAAAUUCAGUUUACACAGGCUCUUCUGUAAGGACAAAAGAAACCACUGCUGGUGGUUAAAAAUGCAAAAGGUUUUGAUUGCAAUUGCUUGACAAUCAGCCAAAGAUAUGACUAGGGGGAAAAACACAGCAAGGCAGCUAUGACCAGAAUGGAAGAAACAAGGAAAAACACAUGGCUCGACUUCAGAGCAGAAAAUUGACUUAGGCUUUGCAUAAACGACAGCAUACCUCCAAGCCUGCCUUAUCCACAGUCUGCCUGCAAUGGGAACAUGCAGGCUAAAAGCAGAGCCUAUUAAAAGGCAUAAUGUUUCUAAACGGCAUCUGUUACGUCCUAAUAAGCAUUACUUAAAGGACACAGGCCUUAAAAUUGCUACCAAACGUGCAUUUAUCUGAAACUGCUGCAAGGCAAUCGUUACCACAGUGUCACAUGACACCACUGGAAUCUGAAUAAUAGAAAAUGUUUUUAUUUCAUUUGGCUUGAAAUCAUUAUGCAGGAAAAAUAUGGAGGCACUUUCUGAGAUUUUGAAACUGUGCAACUUCACAGGAAUGAAACACCAGCAAGAAUUACAUCAGCGGAGCCAUUUGCCAUCUGUUGUCAGUAAUACUAUAAAGCCCAGCCACCAGACAGCAGUUUCAAAGGUUACAAACACAACGUUCUCAAGCAUCCACAGACCUCUGGGCCCCCCCCAUUGGCUCUCAGGCUCCACUUUAAUGAAGACAGACCAGCUAUUAAACUCACCAGUUUCAGCAAGCUACAACCCAGCUUCCAGAGUUCCUCUGACCUUGCAAGUUGGAGUGAGAUUUUCUAACAUGUUGCCUGUUAAAGGGUAUUACGGAGUAAAUGUUUUGGGUUAGCGAAUACACACAUUUUCCUGUUGGUGUUUGGUUUGAAAAGUCUACAGUGCUUGGACUCUUUCAUAACAAGCCUGAGAUCAGGAUCAAGAGGAGUAAGUCAGAUAAGUGCUGUGAAGAAGGACAGCAAAGUUACCUCUGAGCUUUAGUUAGUAAGGAGAAGUCCAAGAACAGUGGAAAUGGACAGAUAAUUUUUUGUAGUUGUAAUUCCUUGCCAUUAAAGUGAGUUACAACUGCUAAAAACAGAAUACCCACAGAGAUAUAAUCAAACUGAUUCAAUUCACUUUCUGUUUACUUGCACAUAAACAAGUGAUGAAAAAUAGUGCUGGAUAUUUUACAGGAAAUUUUCUUAAGCUUUUCCCCCUCUUCCUAAAUACUCCAUACCUGGGAGAGGAAAGAGUUUGGGGCAGUUCCAGUCAGUCAGACUUCUAUCUUUAAUAGAGACGUAAUCAUUUUUGCUUUAAAAGUUACAUGAGUCACAAAUCAUCCCUGUCAUGUGAAGCCAGAGUCAUCAGAGUUGGAAGAAAAAAGGUGCCCCAAAUGAAGUUUGCCACAGAUACCUGAAUUAUGAUACUGCUUGGAACUGAAAGACAAGAAGAUUCCACCUCCUGGAGCACAGAUAUCAUGGAUUCAAAUUCCAACACUGUGGUGGUGACUGGUUUUGGUCCCUUCAGACAAUACCUGGUUAAUUCUAGCUGGGAAGCAGUGAAGGAGCUGUCCAAGAGAGGCCUUGGUGAAAACAUUGAUCUCCAGAUCAUGCAGCUGCCAGUGGUUUACCAAAAAGCAAAGGAGCAAGUCUGCAAGAUAUGGACAACUCUUCAGCCACUGCUUACAGUUCACGUUGGGCUGGCUUCGUCCACCACAGCACUCAUCAUCCUGGAGCAGUGUGGGAAGAACAAAGGCUACCAGGAGAGGGAUGCUCGUGGCUUUCACCCAGAAGGUGCCUGCUGCGUGCUAGAUGGCCCAGAAAAGAUUGAAUCUACAAUUAAUAUGAAGACUCUCUGGAAAAACGUCUCAGUGGAAGGGAUUGAUAUCAUCCUUUCCAGAGAUGCAGGAAGGUACAUCUGUGAUUACACCUACUACACUUCUCUGUAUUAUGGCAAUGGAAGAGCUGCUUUCAUCCACGUCCCUCCAUUAUCUGAGUCGGUAACAGCAGAAUUUCUAGGAAAAGCAUUACAGACCAUUAUCUUAGCAAUGUUGGAACAGUGUGGGGAACAGAGAGAGAUGGAUCACAGAGGGAAAAAAUGAGGAUUUCUUAGAAUGCAAUUCCUUACCUCUGAAAUGAAGCAGAUUUAAUGAUUAUUUAAAACUCACACAGGAUUUUCUAGCCCACGUUACUUUCAGUGAAAUUUGCUUGCAAAACUCAACCAACCAUUUGCAUCUCUUAGAAAGGGCUUGAGGGGAAAAAAUCCAAGUGAUUGGUGGUUCAUAUUGCUAACAAUAAAGUUGUUCAGAUUUCAGAAAUUGUGAAACUGGAUUGAAAACAUUUUAGGAUGCUUAAUCCUGGUUCUGUUGGUUAGAAAAAAACAUCAAUAAAGACUUGCUGACCCCAGAUGGAUGCCUGCAGCUGUAAGGACUCAGCAUGGGAUGGACAUAACACAGAUCCUCUUCAGCCCCCGUCUGAGUCCAGAGUUCAGCCCAUAAAAAAUUUGGGUAUGGGGGAAAUCAAAACACACUUGGCAAUUCUGGUGUGGGAAGUUUUACAGUUCUCUCUUACUGACCUGCUGUGGAUGCUGCUUUCCACAUUAGCAACAUGUUCUGAUCCAGAGUGAACACAGAAAACUGGAAACCAGCAGGAUCUAUAAUGCUGUUGUCGGUAACUUGCAUUUCAACCCACAGCAGCCACUUUCCCCAAAUUCUCAGUGCCUGUCCCAAGGGGAAAACCCCAUUGUCCUUCCACAGAGCACAGCCCAAAGGCAAAUCCAAGAGCUAACCUGU